AUUCGUGCUUAUUCAACCACGCACAAUUCAGCCAUUGUACGCGGAUAUAGCGGAAAUUCAGCGAAUUCAACGCCACAAUAACCUACGUCUCUGCCGCGACGGAACGAUCAAAGUCCACUCCGUUCAUGCACAUUAAUAACCGGCAGGUCAUUAAUUUAAGGCUGUCAAAGUUUGAGCAGAGUUUGACUACAGUUUCUCAAGUUUACACGCAGGUUCGGCCAUCGGACUGUUGUCUCAUGCAUAUGACUUGCGCCGUGACGUAGCCACACGCCUUUUGUCCAACAUUGUUGUUGUCGAUGUGGGUGGACAGUGCCCUUCUCUAGUCGUCUAGGACCAGUGACCAGUCCCAAUAAUGGAGGAAGAAUCAGUGAAGAAAACUCAAGGCAUGGAGGAAGCUGAGAUGACUAAACCAACCAACAAACGAAGGAAAAGGGGCAGUGUCCAAGAUGAAGCUCGAAAGGAGACUAAGGGGGAUGACGUCACCAACAGUGACACCGGCGACAACCCACCAGCCAAGAAGAAGAAAGUAUGGCCCGCCAAAUACAACAAAGGUCCCUUUAUUUGCGCCUACUGCAGCAAGAAAUUCCGAGGGCUUCUGGAUCUGACGCGCCACGAGCGAACGCACACGAACGAGAAGCCGCUACUCUGUCCGGAGUGCGGCAUGGGGUUCGCCGGCGACUCGAGUUUACGAGUUCAUCUCAUGAUUCACCGAGACGAUCGGCCAUUCGCCUGCCCGACCUGCAAGGCGGCUUUCCGCAGCAAGCCCGCGCUGAGAGAGCACAUGGUCGUCCACACGGACCUGCGUCCGCACGUCUGCAAGAUCUGUGGCACUGGGCUGCGUCAGAGAUCGUCGCUCAAGAAACACAUGCGCAUCCACACGGGCGAGCGGCCGCACAAGUGCGAGAUAUGCGACCGGGCGUUCAGUAAACUCGAAACCUGCCGGCUGCACCAGCAGCGCCACGCCGACCCCAACAGCCGGGUCAAUCGGAUCCCGAAGGAGCCCCGGAGGAAUCGGAACAGGGUCAGAGGUGGCCGAAAGUUCCUACCUCAGAGGGUGAGAUGGGAAAUCACGCGGGAUCUCUGCCGGCAGGUCGACAACUCGCAGACACCGGCAGCACCACUCACAAACCUACCGACUAACAUGGUGUCCGUUACAACGCCUCUCAAUAUUAGUCCUUUGACAGAAGGCACUUCGAUGACGUCAGGGUCAAAUACUAACCACGUGACAUCGAAUACACCAGCCUCUACAGGUUCAACUGUACCGACUGGUGACACGCGUAACGGGUCCUUGACGCCCAGCGUUGUGCAGGCGGCAGCGAAAAGCACCAACGGCACAAAUGUCGCCCUCAAUGGCCCAACACUGUCGAAUGUCCCCACAGCGCCGAUACAGGGCACUCAAGUCUACGUGGCCCCUCCUUUCACAACGCACGCCACUUCCUCCCUUCCCGGUAGCAUUAUAACGUCUGAUAACGUCACUCCAGUUGACUUCCAUAAGACCGGCGGACGCAUGCCUAUCCAGACGCUUACCUCCGAUUCGCCCGUCUUGGUCAAUGCGCGGCAAGUGGUCACGUUCCAGUUCACGCCAUUUAUGGUCAUUAAGACGCCAUUCGGUGACCUCGGCAGUAACACUGCCAGCUCAGAGACUGCUUCAUAACAAGACAAUCUGCCUCUGUUCUAAUCACGAUAUUUGUUUGUACCAUUAUGAAGUAACCAGUCACUCAUUGCAUUAUGACCGCCAUUUUGAACUAAAAGUGAGGCUGAAGGUCCACACACAGACUUAUAUUGGGUGCGUUCGUUUAGCUCACCCGGAUCGAUAGGGGACAGCCCCGUGCCGUUCGAUUAGCUCUGACGUCAUACUCGGGGCUCACCCAGGCCAGCCACCACAGACCCUGCUCGUGGAGCGGAGUCACUGGAUGCGUUCGUUUAGCUCACCCGGGUCAACACUGGUAAGACGGGUCGUCAGCCAUGAGGCCGGGCUAAUCGAACACUUAACCGAGGGCCAUUAAGAUCCGAUGCCCUGAGCCGUGGCCGUAGCCACUGACAAAAGAUUUCCGCUGUCUGGCCGCCAUAUUUGUCCGUUUCUAGGGAAUGAACAACGCAUGCGUGACGUACUUCCACCACUGACUCUCGAACGCACCCAAUGUAUAAGGUAAUCAGUCACCAUUGAUCUCCACUAUACGUACAGUCGAGUCUCGGUAAUACAAACUCGUUCGGACCUAGCCAAAUUUUUUGUAAUAUCAGAAUUUUGUAUAAAGAGGAACAUCAGUCCCAUUCAUUGUGUACAUACAUGCCCAGUCGGGACCAAGACCUUAUUAUAACCAGAAUUUUGUAUUAACAGAGUUUGUACUAACGAGAGUCGACUGUAUUAUGGAGAUCAAUGUCAGUCAUUCAUUGCACGGGACCGCCAUAUUGAAACUAAAAGCGAGGCUGAACGUCCAUACAACAGACUUUUGUGAAGUUACACGUCACCACCGAGGAUGUAACGCGUUCAUUGUGCGAAAUACCAAAGCGCGAUUUGGAGCUUGUCCCAUUAAUUUAAAAAACUGUUUUUGGUUCUGACAAUAGUGUUCUGGUGGCUGAGAGUGUAUUCUGUAUUAUUUAGUUUAGUAACCCUGCUUAUACCGUUCUUAAAGAUACAAACAAGGAUUUCCCUCUAACUGCGCCUCAGCGCAAAAUGUCUUGCUUUUAAUCAGCCGUGUUUUUCUUAAUUAAUCUCAGGGUCUUGGAAUUCGUAUUACAUAUUUUUCUUGUUGCAAAAAGUUAUUAAAAAUAGACAUUUAACAUUUUGAAGUGGUUUUAUUGUAUUUUUGUUGUUUUGAUAUGUUAAUUAAAACUAAUGUUUUUUUCUGCAGUAUUAGUCAAUCGAAGAAAAAUAAAACGCGCUUUGAGGAACAGUU